GACACAAUGACAUUUUAACAGACAAAUCUCUGUCGGCCUUUACUAAGAUUGAACUUAUAUAAAGAAAUAACCAGCCAACUUCCACAUUUUCUAUUUAUUUAUUGGAACAAGUUAUUAUUUUGAAUUUGGUGAUUUGGACUUUUGUAAUUACCAGGAGGAUGACAAGUUAUUUCCAAUGAAACAACCCUCUGUUAAUCACACAACUAACCUACGUAUUAACAAACAACUAAUUGUCUAAGUUAAGGCCUAAUUACACCUUUCACAAUAAGUCUAAAAAUAAGCAUUCAAAGACUCAGGACUUAUAAGAACAUCUAGUUUUAAAGAUUCUCCAUCCGUUGAUUUAUUCGUAAUUAUAAACUCAUCUUCAAGAAGAAGCUCCUUUUUUUUUCAGAAGAUAAACAAUAACAACAACAAUGGCGUCAGUAGCGACCCAUAUAGUUGUUGUUGUUACCAUGUUGGUCUCAGCCAUGGCCGUAGCUUCAGAGUCCAACAUGCUUCAAGAUAUUUGUGUAGCUGAUUUGUCCAAUGCCGUCAAGGUCAACGGAUACACAUGCAAGGACGGAACACAAGUAACACCGGAAGACUUCUACUUCCAAGGCUUAGCCUCCCCCUCCGCCGCUUCCAACACCUCCACGGGAGCCAUAGUAACCGGAGCCACCGUAGAGAAGCUACCAGGACUCAACACACUCGGCCUCUCCAUGUCCCGCAUAGACUACGCACCAAACGGCCUAAACCCACCGCACAUCCACCCACGCGCCUCCGAGAUCAUCUACGUCCUCGAAGGUCAGCUCUACGUAGGCUUUGUAACAACCGCUGGAAAACUCGUUGCCAAACACGUUAACAAAGGAGAAGUCUUCGUUUUCCCCAAAGGACUUUUACAUUUUCAGAAGAACAUUGCUAAGUCUGCUCCAGCUUCUGUAAUAGCAGCUUUUGAUAGCCAGUUGCCUGGAACACAGUCGCUUGUGUCCUCUCUCUUUGGUGCUCUUCCUGAAGACAUUCUUGUUAAGUCUUUCCAGUUCAAACCCAAACAGGUUAAGAAGAUUAAGUCCAGAUACCAACCCAAGAAAUGAGACAAGAACUUUUUUUUUUUUUUUUUUGAACAACGAAAUGAGACAAGAACAGAACA